AUGACAACAGGCUAUGACUUCAUGGUAGUUGGAGGCGGCACUGCUGGCCUAGUGGUUGCGUCGCGUCUUUCUGAGUCCCCUGAACACCGGGUUCUAGUCCUGGAGGCGGGAUCGGACCAUACUGAAGAUCCGCGUGUGAAGACUCCAAUCUUCUACUCAGCAUUGCUUGGCUCCGAGGCCGACUGGGCCUUUCGCAGUGAGCCCCAGGGCAAAGCUCUCGGUGGUUCGAGCGCUCUGAAUGCACAUGUGUUUGUCCCUCCCGCCAAAGGGCUCAUCGACUCCUGGAAGACACUGGGAAACGAAGGCUGGAAUUGGGAUAGCCUCAAGACCCACCUGUCCAAGUCCUAUACCAGUCCCACGGUCGACAAAGCGAAUGAAAAGGCUCUUGGGAUUGAUGGUUGGGCUUCUAGAAACGACGCAGCAGAGGGUCCACUUCAGACAAGCUUCUCUGGCGAUCUGUCUCACCCGAUUCGCGAGGUUUGGGCAGAUACUUUCAAGGCGAAUGGCCAUUACAUGACUGAAGACCCGUUUCUCAAUGGAUCCGUGGGGUCUUUCAGCUGUCUCGCUACCAUUGAUCCUGUGAAGAAGGAAAGAAGCUAUUCUACCACUGCUUAUUACAACCCCAUCAAGGAACGAAGGAAUCUUCAAGUGCUUACAAAGUCUCACGUGGGAAAGAUUCUUACCCAGAAGGAUGGUGGCUCCACGAAGGCUAUCGGAGUCCAGUACACUCACGAUGGCGAGUUGAAAACGAUCUUAGCCAGCAAGGAGGUGAUUAUCGCUGCUGGUGCUUUCCAGUCUCCCAAGUUACUAGAAUUGUCCGGCAUUGGAAACGCAGAACUUCUUGAUAAGCAUGGGAUCGAGGUUGUCAAGGACCUUCCGGGAGUAGGAGAAAACCUCCACGACCACGCGAUCUGUUACACGGGCUUUAAAGCCGUAGAUGAGGUUUCUACUCUUGACUCCUUGAUUAGACAGGAGCCAGAAGCCCUGCAGCAGGCAAUGCAAGAGUAUGGGGCAGCCCAAAGCGGCCCACUGACGUCCUGUGGAGUCUACACCUACGCGUAUCUCCCAGUGCUGGAGCACGUGUCUGCUGAGGGUCAGAAAACACUGAAGACGCUACUCGAGAAGAACCGUCCCGCUUCAGGAAGUAGCCAGGAGGAGGCCCGAGCCCAGGCAUUCUAUGAUGUCGCAGAGAGGGCCUUGCUUGACCCAAAAGAACCAUCAGGAGCCUACGUCACGGCGUUGGCUCAGAUAACCAUCCCAAUUGACGCCAAUGCUGAAAAGCCAUCUGCCGCCCUUCCAGUCAAGUACAUCACGAUUGGGUCUAUGCUUUCGCAGCCUCUGUCCCGUGGAAGCGUUCACAUUGGUUCCAAGGAUCCUUCUGCCCAGCCCAUCAUCGACCCAAAUUAUCUGUCUCAUCCCGUCGAUGUCGAGAUCAUGGCACAUCACAUAUUGCACACCAAGACCAUUGCCAUGUCUUCGCCCUUCAACAAUUUGCUGGAAAAGCCUCUCACACACCGUGACCCCGCUGCGGACUUCACGGACUUGGAAGCCGCCAAGGCCUAUGCCCGGGCAAAUGCAAUUUCAAUGUGGCAUCUUGGAGGUACAUGUGCUAUGUUGCCAAAGGAGAAAGCCGGUGUCGUGGACACAAGUCUGAAAGUGUAUGGUGUCGAGAAUCUGCGCGUAGUUGAUGCGAGUGCGAUCCCACUCAUCAGCACAGCAAAUAUUCAGGCAACUGUCUAUGCAUUUGCUGAAAAGGCGGCAGACAUCAUCAAGAAUGAUUGGAAAUCGAACUAA